AACCCUAUUAAACACCAAUUAUAUUUAUUUUUAUUUUAAUCUUAGGAAUUCAAAACAGCCAUCAGUUUAAUAAAAAAAUAUCUGCUAAUAUUAAUUCAAAAAUAAAAAUAUUAUUGAAAUUAAAAUUACGGCUUUCUAGAGCAGAAAGAAAAAAAAAGAUAUUAAAUAAAAACAAAAUCAAGCAGAAGCAAAAAGAAAGAAUGAUAUCAGAUGAAAUAAAAUCAGUUAAAAAAAAUAUAUACAAAAUGAGAAACAAAAAAAUUAUCAAAAUUGAUUUAUUUGACGAAAAUCAAAAUAGUAAUAUAGACCAAGAAUAUCUAAAAUUGAAUUUAAAAAUAUCUGAAAACCUAAAAAAAAGCAUUACACACACGAACCAAAUAUUAGAAGAAAUAAAUAAACUGUCAAACAGAAUAAAUGAGUGGCAAACAUUUGAAUUAAAAAAUAAUACUAAAUAUAAUGAGUAUAAACAAUCUUUGGAGUUACGUAAUAACAAAUUAAAAUUUGAAUUAAAAAUGAAGCAAAAAACAUUAGAAUUGUGCCAAAGAAAAAUUCAAGUUUUAAAAUACACUAUUAAAAAAUACGCAAAUAUGAAGAAAGAAAGUUUAAGUUUUUGUUCUAAUAUAGAAAACUAUUUUCAAAUGCUUGAAAAAUACUUUUAUCAAUUGAUGGCUAACAACUACGGAAAAACUUUAAGAAAUGUGGUUGAUGAUAGAAAAGAAUCAAUGAUUACUUGUGUAUGUUUUUUACGACGAUACAUAUUUAUUCUUACAGUUAACAAUAGUGUAUUACAUCAUUUUUUUUAACGGAUGUAUAAUGAAAAACUUAAAAAGUGGCUACAAAUACAAUGUAUUUAUAUAUUGACUUUUUGGUGUGAAUUGCUUUAAACUAUAAAGUUAUGACAAAGAAAAAAAAAAUUUUAAAAGGCUAUGCAACUUUGUGAGGUGGUAAUCCAAAUAAUGACUUUCAAUGAAAUUAUUCUACUUAGAGCUUUAUUACAAGAAAAUCUUCCUAAUAAUUUAAAUAAAAAUAAAAUAUAGUAUAAUAGCUUUUAAGAUAAUUAAUAGCUAUUUUUCUGAGAACAUAAUUUUGAAAAUUGAUAGUAUAAAUGUAUGAAAUUUUGGUUUAUAUAACUGUAAUGGAAUUAAAAUUUAUAUUUGCUUUUAAUUAUCAGUUUAUUUAAUUUCUACUCUUGACUGAGAGGCGAAUAGCCCAAUGGCAUAAAAAUUGUGACAGUCCUGUUCGCUUGAAAAUGUAUAUAACGCCUUGAAAUUAUAAGUUCCUAAUAUAAUUAAAAAUUAAUUUUUAUUCUUAAAAUAUGAAAUUUCAGUACAUACUCACAUAUUUAUAAUAUGUUAUACAUAAUUCUUAGUAAGAUAUAGCAGAUCACGCUAUUCAUAGCGGCUGUCAUCAAUCUAUAAACAGCGAUCAAAGGGGCAAUUUCACCCUUGUCCAGUCCGCCCCAAUUCUUAUACACAAGU